UCUUUUGUGUUGUAUUCGCGCGCACAAAAUCGACAUUCGCCAAUAGUGCUAUUGUAUUUACUUAAGGUUUCAGUGAAACCAAGAUUUGUUUUGUUUAUGAAAUUGCUGACACCAGCAAUAAUUCAAUAAAAGUGCAAAUCAGAGACAAAGUCAUGGCCACUUUAAUUGAGCAAAUGCUUUGCAAAAUGGGGCUGCGCGACGAGCCCAUCAUGCAAAGCAAAACACUGGAAUUGCUACGACUUCUAGACUUGCGUUCUGCCAAUGCUCCCUUACAGCUAAAUGAAUAUGCCAAGACUGUGUUAUGUGCGGAUAUUGCGGCAGAUUUAUUGGGCACUGCUUUCGAUAUGGAGCAGGCAAUCAAGUUAUCCAGUUUACGCAAAUCACAUUACACCAAGCACAAACGAAUGAUUGAAAAACUUCUCGACCUGAAUAAGGUUGUAGGUGUCAAUGAUAUCUGUGUGCAAUUAAAUAUGACCGAAGUCUCGCAAAAGGCUAACGAAUUGUUGGGAUUAUAUAAAGCAAUUAUGGCAAAGGAAGGAACUGGUGACGAAAACGAUCUUAUACAUCCUCAAUAUGCGGCAAUGGCUGUUUUCCAGGCUGCAAAAAUCUUAAAACAGAAAGUAUCCAAAGUGAAAAUAUUAACUUUUAGUAAUUUGCGUCCAACACAGUGGCAACAACUCGAAUUAAGAUGGAAUAAGUUCUUAACCAAACAUUAUCAAGACAAAACGGAGAAUAAUAAUUUAAAGUCGCGCAUUAAGGAAUCGAUGGAAGAUAGUGAAUGCACUGCAGCUAAAGUGAAGUCAAAAAGCGGUGUAGACAAUAAAAAAUGCUCAGCAACUGCUUUAGAGGAUUAUGAAGAAUGGAAGAAAAGAAUGUUGCAAAUGGCAGAAGAGCAGCUGAAAAGUCAACUAGACCAAGAAGAAGACGAACAAGAAUUUGACAAAGAAAAUCUCAUUUUAGGAAUGUAGAAUAGUAGGAAUGCAGCUUUUUGCUCGCUUGUUUUUAAAGUAAUAUUUAGGUAAAAUUGUGGUCACAUAAUUAAGUCACUACAUCUUAUUACAAUAUUUGUAGUGUUUUUCAUUUGAAAUUAUUCCAUAUAAUGGUAACUCGGACGUUCUGAACAUCGUAUACGAAAAUACUGUCAAAAAUCAAUGCAAUUUUUGCACGUCUUCUGAUAAAAAUCAUGAAAAUAUGGCUCCUAAUUUUUGAAAUUUAUUAAAUUUUGGAGAAUUGCGAAUAUUGUAAAAAAGAGAAGAGACUUAAUUAUGUUACCAGAAACAUUGCGUUCUUAAAAUUACAUACACAAUUCUGGUAUGUAAUUUUAAGAACGCAAUGUUUUGCGUUUUAUUUUAGUUGACUUAGAGAAAAUCGAUUGCACUUUUGUUCACCUAAGUAUUCAAACAAAACGUCGAACCUACUUACAUAUUUACUGAAAUCGUUCAAGAACAUGUUUAAUCUUUCAUUUAGUUUUAGAUGUUAUGGAGUAUUUAGAUGUAAAUUUUUUUAAUUUCUAAGAUAAAGUAACACAUGAAUGUCACCAUAUGUAAAUUAAUAAAUUACUUUGCUUAAAUGGA